UUUGCAAGACGAGCCAAGACUAGCCCGUCAGCUUACCAACCCAAAACCAUCCGCUCUCUUUCUUUUUCACGCGAGACCUUCAGAUAUAUCUGUAGCAAGCUGAUGAUUCAUAGUGGCAUUUCUCGGACCAUCAGCCGUGGAGAUGUGGCAAGCUUUUGUUCGGGAGAUGUGGCUAUGGGUGAGCUUGAAGAGCCAGCUAUCGUUUAUCACAGCAGGACCUCCAUGGCAUGGGAUGGCGACUUAGCUCUUUCGGUAACACACCUAUCAAAGACAGGUUCGACGAACGCUAUCGUCUUCGGCACCACUGCUGAAAUAGAGGAUGAGAUUAUUGACAGACUCUACUGCUCAUCCAGCGCCUUGUCACACCCAUUCCUACUUCCGGGAAUCUUCACUGAGCUAGAGAGAGAGAGACAGCUAAAGCGGCUUGUUGAGGAUACUCAAGGCGAGCUGGAAAAGGCUACAUACUACUUGGGUUCCGAUGAGGGAAGCGAAAGUGACCAGGCUGCUACCCAGCCAAUCAUUGACCUUUGGCUUAACACCACGGAGCUCCGAAAUGGCCUGUUCAACUGGAAGACACAGGUGGAAGAGAUGCUACUUCAUAUCGAAGGAAUGGCCGAGAGUUACUCAACAUCAAACGUCAUGGAUGGACGUUCGGCAUUUGCUUGUGCCGAUACCAAAGCAGAUCUAAAGCGGAAGCAAGCAAAAGUGAAUUCUAUGAUCAGAAACCGACUGAGGUCGAUAAUAAACGAGUAUGAGGACACUAUAAGAGACUGUACUAUGAGAUUAGACGGAAUGUCGAUGGCGACUCAGCUCUCUCAUGCAAGGACCAACAUGCAAAUUGCCCUGGAAUCCAAACGAGAUGGGAAGCGAAUGCAGAAUAUUUCCAUUUUCUCCAUGGUAUUUCUACCUAGCAUGUUUGUUGCAUGUUCUAGUACUUGGUGGAUACUAUCUUAUGUCUACUCGUCUGAUGUGUCUUCGCGUCGCUCACUCGAAGUCACGGAAGUGGUUGUCAAUGGUGUGAUAUGGAUGACCGUACCUAUAUGA